UGGUUACUGCGAAAUGAAUACCUAAAAAUGUCUUUUGCGGGCCUCGUUUUGGCGACGAAGGAAGUCCUCCAAAUGUGUCAAUUGAAAACUGGAUAAAACCCCAUCAGGUGUCACGUUACAUGGAUAUCUGUAGAAUACUUUACACUUGCAGCAAGUAGGGAGGUCAGUCCACGGAUGUGAUACGCGUGGAGCAGGAAACAUCUGGGUUGUCGCUGAAUGCUCACAUCGUAGAAACAUCGUUGAUAAAUGGGGGCAAAACAAAGCAGAGCUAACAGAAAGGUCAACAAACCGCAGAAAGCAGGAGCUGAUGGCAACGCCAACACCGGAACAAUGGCUGCUACAGCUGUGAUGGAAGGUCCUGACACUGAACCUCAUCGUAUCCGUCUUCUGUGCUGGAACCUUGACGGACUUGACCCGCGCUGUAUCGAGGACAGGAUGCGAGCUGUCUGUGACACCAUUAACAAGGAGAAGCCCCACGUGGUGUUCCUCCAGGAAGUGAUACGCCUCACCCUCCCGAUCCUGGCGGAUGGGUGCAACAUGUACCAGGUAAUUCCAGGGGGAGACAACCACUACUUCACUGCUGUCAUGCUGCGGAAGGGGCAUGCACAGUAUGAGGACAGCUCAGUUACACCAUUCCCCACGAGCAGGAUGCUGAGGAACCUUCUGUCAGUCAAGUGUCGUGUGAAGGGGAUCAAGUUCCAGAUGAUGACGUCGCAUCUGGAGAGUCCGGUAGGUUCGUCCGACUACAGUGACGAGAGAAAGAGGCAGCAGGUGAAAGCAUUUCAGGCGAUGAAAGAGGCUGAUGGUGACAGAACUGUACUAUUUGGCGGAGAUACGAACAUGGUAGACGAGGAGGUUGGCACCUUGCCAGAAGAUAUCUACGACUUAUGGGAAACAACUGGCCAGCGUCCAGAUGCCAGGUACACCUAUGACACAAGGACAAAUGACAACCGUGCUACUCCUGGAUACAAAUUAUUCAUGAGAUUGGACCGACUUUACAUACGGCAUAGUAAACCAACAUCACAGGUGACACAAGUGGACUUUGAACUUGCAGGCACUGAACGGCUACCUUGUAACAGGUUCCCAAGCGACCACUGGGGGAUCCAGGUACAUUUCGACAUCAACGGUGUUACCAAGCCAACAUGAACAACCGCUGGAUAGUCGCCUUCAUUUGUAGUGAGAUAGUGAGUUUAGAUUUACGCCGCUUUUAGCAAUAUUCCAGCAAUAUCACGGCGGGGGACACCAAAAUUGGGGACCAACCUCCUUUUUUAAAAAUAAAAGUAUAAAACCCGAGCCUUCGGCGUGACGAGCGAACGCUUCAACCACUAGGCUACCCCCGCCCCCAUUGAUUUGUAGGUUAAGUGCCCUUCGUUAUAGAAAUACAAAGUUGGAGAAGAUCGAUGUCUAUACUUGUGCCAUUGUUUGCAAAUGAGGUCAGUGAAAUGGCAGCUAAACUGCUACAUGUUGUAUUGUACGUGUAUGUACACAUCCUUAAGUGUUGAAUAAAGGGCGUUCUAAUGAAUGUACAAUUGCAUAUUUGAAGUGUUAUGAGAAACAAACAAAUGACACAAAGCAUGUGGACAUAUGCUUAGAUAAUUAUGUUUAUCUGUAAGAAAGUUUAUUAAGUAAAGAAUUUUUACUGGACCAGAUAAACACAACGCAGUUCAACA